GUUUUUCAAGACAGCCAGCCUCCUGUGAAUAUGUGUGCAUUGGUACGUACGUGUCAUCCGUCCCAUCCUUCAGUGUGUGCACUUGACGUCGAGUGUGCGGCGCUGCUGCUACUGAAUGCACGUCCACUGAGUCUCAGCGGACGGCGAUUCCGUCGCAGCGGCACGCCAUGCCCGACGUCAAAGGCACACAACGUGCAGAGCAGUCGUGUGCUACUGCUUGAGUAAAGGGUAUUUUUAGCCGUCUGUGUGUCUGUCUAUAUGGGACGGAUUUGCUCGCGAGUGAUUCACGUGGAUUAUGCCCCCGAAACGGAGUAUGUUUACGCAUGUGAACAAGCGAUCCGCCGACCCAGCGGAUCACAUGGCGUCCCCGCCGGCUUCUCAGGCCCGGCGGUCGUCCAUAGGCGCAAAUAGCUGUGGGAUUUGCUGCGAGGAGUACUCCGUCGACGGCGCACACCAGCCGCAGAUGCUCAAAUGCGGUCAGGGAAGAUGCGUGAGAACAUGGAGGCAAAGCUGACCAUGUUUCCUCGUGCGUGCAGGCCACACCUUCUGCAAAGAGGUGGGAUGGAUGGAUGGAUGGACGGACGGAUGGCAAAGAGAUCUCUGUGUGUCCUCUCAUGUUGUCUUCCUCAGUGUGUGGAUCAGCUGGUCAAGAGCCAUCGUCAUGGUCUGCCUAGCGCCACAUGCCCCACAUGCAGGUCAGCCAACGUCUCACGGAUCCACACGCACACACCACUCCAUGUAUCAAUGGCAUCGUGCAUCUGCACAGGAAGGAGACCCCCGCUUCAGAUCUCGUCAAGAACUACGCCGUCAUCAAAAUGCUCGAGGCCGACCGUGCGCGCCACGACAGGGAGAGGGAGCGGAGGAAGAAGCUGCAGGAGCAGCUCGACGCACUCAAGCGGCAGGUGGCCGAGGAGAAGAUCCAGCGGGCACAAACGUGUGUGUGCGCGCGUGUGUGUGUAUGGCACCUGUUACCGCCCAUCGAUCUGUUUGAGUACUUCAUAGUGGACCUCGAAAGAGUACACACUGAAAUUACGCCAAACCUGCUACGUGUUCAGGUCACGCGCAUACACAUGCACCACAUCACCCACACACAUGCAGUCACGGUGGAUGGGUUCCUUACGCAUUGGUGUGCCUCAGCGAGUGACGUCUGACUCAUCAACGGGGCCCAGCGUGUUUGGCGAACAGCACAUACGUCUAGCUGAUGAAAGGAUGAGUGCAUUCAUCCAUCCGUCCAGCCACCCAUCCACCCAUCCACCCAUCCACACAGACAAACAUCCACCCCCCUCCCUCUCUGCACGGACGCCCGCUCCGACGCUGCUGUGCAAAGGCUCGAGACACCACUCAGGAACAGGUCCAUGAAGCUCAUCUACCGGUGGGCAGUCGACAACGUGGUGUAGGCGCAGCCAAUGACUGACAUGUUUGUCUCUUCUCUCUGUGUGUGGGGGGUGGGGUGUGGACACAGUGCGAGUCGUGAUGGGUGGGGGUAUCGUGACCUGGUGGCCAAGGUCGGCGCCAGGAGGAGCGGCGGGUACGUCUUCCUCAUGUGCAAGAACCAGUACCAGUUCGGCGUCUGUCUGCCCGAUGGCGACCUCAAGUAG